AUGAGAUCAUGAAGAGUAAGACAUUACUGAACAAUAAUAACAGCAAAGAUAAAAACGAGGAAGGUACGUCUGAGCGGGAACGGCAAGUGAUGAAGAAGCUGAAAGAGGUGGUGGACAGACAGCGGGAUGAGAUCCGAGCUAAGGACCGGGAGCUGGGCCUGAAGAACGAGGAUGUAGAGGCGCUGCAGCAGCAGCAGAGCCGGCUGAUGAAGAUUAACCAUGAUCUCCGGCACCGCAUCACGGUGGUGGAGGCCCAGGGCAAGGCCCUGAUUGAGCAGAAGGUGGAGCUGGAGGCGUACCUGCAGACCAAGGAGCAAGAGAUGGGCAGUAUGAGGGCCGAGAUCGGGAAGCUUCGGGAGAAGCUGAAGGGGGAACCCAGCCAGAAUGGAGAGGAGGCCACCGAGACGGAGUUGGGGGGUGAGGAGUACAUCUCAGAGUCAGAGAAAGCAGCUAUGGAGAAGGACCCAAACCGCCCCCGAUUCACGCUGCAGGAGUUGCGAGACGUGUUGCAUGAGAGGAAUGAGUUGAAAUCGAAGGUGUUUUUGUUGCAAGAAGAGCUUGCUUAUUAUAAGAGUGAGGAAAUUGAAGAAGAGAACCGAACACCCCAUCCCACACCCAUCGUCCACUCCAGAACAACCCCCCAGCCAGAGUCUGGAAUCAAGAGACUUCAAGAAGGGCCUUUAAGCCACGGGUUUAGUUUCUUCUCACGGGACAAAAAACGCCUGGCCAACACGCAGAGAAACGUUCACUUCCAGGAGUCCUUUGGCCAAUGGGCAGUCUCUCACAGAGAUGACGGCUUCACCGAGCAAGGGCAAGAAGCCUUACAGCACCUGUGACUUUCACCCUCCUCCCUGGGCUCAUGACCAGCUUGGCCAUGUCUGACCUGGAUGGUCAGGGACCAGGCAGCACCCAGAAACCUGACCUCAUGGCCCUCGUGGUCGUGUAUUUUUGGAUGUACCUUCCACCCAGGGUCACUGAGCCACAUGCUGUGUGCUCAGGACACCAGACUUCUACAGACUGACUGGGGAUUCCUUAGUAAUCAUCAUUUGUACCUGGGGGUGGGAAUCAUGGUUUAGCUGAGUGACUGUGUGACCCAUACAUAUAGGUAGGGCAUGGAUUUAAUGCUCCAGUAGUCUCUGGGCUGGCUUUCAAGCUCACUCCAGUAACACAGGCUUCUCUAAACCAAAAACACAGUGUAUGGCACACUGACGGUAGCCAGCACACACUGGCACGGGGCAAAACUUGGUCUUUGGGCACUCUCUUACCCAUCUUUUUUCUGUAAUACAGAGGGGUGGGGUGGGAAUUGGGAGGUGGUGGCAGCUCCUCAUUAGUUCUGUUGAUGACAUGUUCAAAAUGGCACAGGCAGAACUCUAACAUUUGGCCAGGUUCCCCUGGGGCACCUUUUAGCACAAGCUCUAGGAGCUCUGUCUCAGGGUAGCAUUCGCCAGUGGACAACAGGACCCCUUGACCUCACAACUGGAGGCAGCCGUGUCAGAAGCCAGGGGGUGGGCGUCGUACCCUGGGAUUUAGUGCCUAAAGCAUGUAGAUACUGGUGUACGAGGUGAGUGUGCCUUGGGUUUUGCUGAGUUAUAUACAGUAUUAACCAAACAAAAGAAUUGCUAAAAAUGAUCAAUUUUAA